GCAGGAUCACACUUGGAUGAAACCCUCCAUAGGCGUCGUACACUCGCGUGUUGUGUCCCUGCCAAUUUUCCGAUGGCUACAGCAAUGUUAGUUUUCUGGUUGCGUGGAAACUAAAAAGCUGCAUUGAGCAAGCACUCAAUUCAAGGUGCAUUGCGCGCCGUUGGUUUGGCGAUAUGCAACAGAGGACCCCAUGGAAGCGACCGAAUUCCAGUUUGGAGUGGAAUGAAUAAUUAUCUAUUUUGAAGAUUUAAAGUGGGCGUCUUGAAACUAAAGUGAUUCGGUUGAGUGUCACACGCCAUGCGAAGGAGGGGGAGAACGUUAAAGAUGCUUGACAGCUAUUGGGGAGGUUGACACUGGCUCCGCCCCUUCACCCAGGUUGGUCUUCCCUGGAGCAUGCCCAUAUCCCACCAUGCACCUGCUGGCGAGCGGCUGGCUACUGCGCCAUUCGGUGGUCAUGUGUCUGCUGCUGCACAGCGUGGUGCUGAUGACCUGCUUCCACCACGCCGCCACCAGCUGCUCCCAGGGCUGCUACUGCUCUGAGAGUGACGGCCGUGGAAAGACGGUGCGCUGCAGCAACCUGCGUCUCACGGAGAUCCCCCAGGACCUACCCAAUGACACACGGCGCAUCUACCUGGACUUCAACCUGCUCACCGAGGUCCCCAGCAAUGCUUUCCGGGGUCUGCCCCUGCUCAGCGAGCUGGACCUCUCCAACAACGAGCUGGCCAAGCUGGAGCGAGGGGCCUUCAGGAGCCUGGGGCCCUCGCUCACCUUCCUGGACUUGUCUUCCAACAAAUUGGUCAACUUUAACCCUGAGGCCUUUGAGGGGCUGCGGGCGCGCGCCAACCUGACCAAUAACCCGUGGCACUGCGACUGCAGCCUGCAGAUGUCCAUGCCCCACAUUGACCUGGAGCCCCUCUCGCUGACGGGCAUCGUGUGUGAGACGUCAGAUCCGCCCGACAUGGGGGCGGAGGGUGUGCCCUUCCUGCUGGCCCAGGACCUGGACCUGUGCGUGGUGAUGAAGAAAACCACGGACGUGGCCAUGCUGGUCACCAUGUUCGGCUGGUUCACCAUGGUCAUCUCCUACCUGGUCUACUACGUCCGGCACAACACGGAGGACGCCCGCCGCCACCUGGAGUACCUCAAGUCUCUGCCCACCAAGCCGGGCCCAUCCGAGGCCUCUUCUACUGUCAGCACUAUGGUAUAGCCCAGGACCAGGAGAGCCCAGAUGGGGGCUUAGGCUGGAGGGCUAAGUCUGCCAGAGGAGGUGGUUAUUAUAGGGCCGUAACCUGGCUGCACCCACACUUCAGGCCAUUCAGUGCCAGCCAAGGAGAGUUCUGUCUGGCUUUUAGGUGGGUGCCACAGCGGCACUAGGAUUUGUGUCCAUAUAUGCAGGAAGCCCAUCCAGACUUGGGCACCGUACAUAACCCAGAUUAAUAAUUGAACCAGGAGUGGCCCAUUAUCAAAAUUGUGCCUGUGAAGGGUCCUUUGGCCAUAUAAAACAGCAAACAGAACAACAGGAUAGCAACACACAUUAUGAACAACUCUGUCAUUCCGUAUCCUUCCAUGUAACAAUUAUUGUUUUCCAUACAACAUCCAUAUAGUAUACGCAGUCCAUAAACAGUGAAAUGUAGUUCUUUACAAUAAAACAAUGUAUUCCAUGGGUUUCUUUUUUAAAUUA